AUGCUGCGUGAGGACAAGGGACGCUGCCCCCGCGGCACUCUGCUCCUGGGGGUCCAGCUGGAAAACGUUGGUUUUCCCUCUCGUUUUCCCCCCGACGCUGCAGGGAUUCAGUCGCAGCUUCGCCUGGUGAAGCACGGCGAAGGGGGUUUCUCCAUCUUUGUGGGUCUCAACGGCACGAAGGAAGAGCUGGGCCUGGAAUCCACUAAUUACUUCAUCUACCCGGGAAACGACCUGGAUGAAAUGAUGCAGCGCUAUCUGACGUCUUCCAGGGACAAGGCUGCGGAGAACAUCCCUUUCCUCUUCGUUACCUGCCCGUCGACCAAAGACCCCACCUGGGAGAUGAGGCACCCAGGCAAAUCCACGCUGUCCGUCGUGACGUUCGCCAAGUACGAGUGGUUCGAGGAGUGGAAGGACAAGCCAGUCCUCAAGCGGGGAGACGACUACGAGGAGGUGAAGCAAGCCUUCGUGGAUGCCAUCAUGAGGACCGUCUUCAAGCUCUACCCCCGCAUCGAGGACCGGAUCGAGUACCUCUCCGGGGGGACGCCGCUCACCAACCAGCACUACAUCGGCAGCGCCAGGGGCGAGAUCUACGGGGCGGACCAGGACAUCGCCCGCCUGCAAGCCGAAGCUAUAGCCACGCUUAGGGCAGCACUCCUCUGCGCGCCGGCCGGGAAAAAGCUGGUGCUGACGCCGUUGCGAUGGCAAAAGCCUUCUCCCAAGACGGACCCGAGUUGCCCGGGGCUCGCAGGCAAGGCCCAAGUCGUCUUCACGCAGGUGACGGGCAGCGGGCGCGUGGGUGAUGCUCUGGAGGAGGCGGGCAGCACCUUCCCGCGUGGUGCUCCAGGCAGCUCAGCAGCAGAGCCCGGGGAGGGCAGCGGGGAAAAAGGGACACGGUUUGAGAAAACCAACAGGAAAUCCCUCUGA